CAUCGUACGCGCGGGGAAAAGAGCGGUGCUGAGUUCUGUGUCUUUCAACCCCCAUAUAUUUAUAGCUACAGUUUACAAAAUGGUGGUUUGGAGUUGGUGGCGUUAGGUGCUAGUGUUGUGUCAACUAUUGAAUGACCCCCCAAUCAGUUGAUAUUGAGCCGCGAGCCGCUCGGUAGCAACGUUACGCGCGACAGCUUUCCGCCCAGCAGAAGGCGGUUCACGGAUAGUAGGCAUAGUCGCAGAGCCAGGACUUAGCAGGGCGUCCGGCUUUCGCGGGGUUUCGGGCAACGAUGGAACGAAAACGCUCAAUAAGACGUCGCCAAAAGCCACCGUUUGCGGAGCGCGCCAAAGAUCACUGCCGAAACUUUACAGCCUUCAUGUUCAGCAACGUCGGCAUCAUCUUUCUGGUGGUGCUGUAUAUGAUUGCAGGUGCGUUCAUGUUCAUCGCGAUAGAAGGCAACGAGGCGCUGGAAAGGUUUGCUCAAAUACCGUUCAAGAGGAACGAGACUGCUAUGAGACUGUGGCAAAUAUCCUGCUGUGAGGUGAACGUAUUCAACAAAAGUGUCUUUGAAGAGAAAGUGGGAAAUGAAAUACGCGCCUAUCAAGAGAAGAUAGUGCUGUGGGCCCGUCGCGGUUGGCAGGGUAGUGAUAUUACGCUGGAGAGCGAGUCGCCGUGGAGUUUUUCCGGAGCAUUUCUUUACUCGCUAACAGUUAUCACCACCAUAGGAUACGGUAAUAUUGUCCCCAGAACGGAAUGGGGGAAAAUUGCAACCAUUUUUUAUACCAUAAUAGGCAUGCCGCUGUUUCUGCUUUAUCUUUCCAACAUAGGCGAUAUUUUGGCGAAGUCAUUCAAAUGGAUCUACGCCAAGUUUUGCCUGUGCCGAGUUUGCCCUGGCGUCGCAAGGAGACGAGCGAUGCGUGCCAGACGAAGAGCACGCACGGAGGAGCGCGAAUAUUCUCCGGAAAUGGGGGAAAAUGGAUUCGACAACACUACGAUCACAACCUCCAAUGUGGAUGAUGAAAUUGAGGAUGAAAUCACUGCCGAGACGAACACCGUCACCGUUCCAAUAACUAUUUGUAUUAUGAUAAUGAUAGGGUACAUAUUUUUCGGUGCCCGCCUUUUCGCCGACUGGGAAAACUGGGACAUUCUCGAUGGAAGUUACUUCUGUUUCAUUUCGCUGAGCAGUAUAGGCUUUGGGGACAUCGUUCCGGGCGCUUCGCUACAGACCAAGGGCGAUACGAAGAUGGAAAUUAGUUUUAUACUUUGUGCAGUUUACUUACUUCUUGGUAUGGCACUGAUUGCAAUGUGCUUCAAUCUGAUGCAGGAACAAGUCAUCUAUAAGAUUCGUUCAUUGAAGAAAUGUGCCAGAGGAUGCUUCCGGUGCGCCAAGAGCGUGCCGGUACCUAUCGACGAUGAGCUGAAGGAACCAAACAACAUAAACUGAAAGCUAUCAAAGACAUUGAUUGAGGGAAUGAUUGAAAGUUGCCAUGCAAAGACAUGCUUUAAAGUCAUCGAACGAUUUACUGAUAAACAAUAACCUUAGUUAUUAGUCAACAAUAACAUAAAGCAACGAAUGCAUUCCACAAAUCUUUCAUUUAAAUGAGUGAAUAAAAUUAAAUGACGUUAAUUUUGAUUACCAAUUACACUGCUCCCAGCCAGACUGUGAGAAUCUAGGGAAAAGUCAACGACGAUACUUCUUCGAAAGAAAACCAGAUAUUACUUUAAAUAAUAGCGCAAAGAUCAUUAAACCAGUUUUCACUGCUAUUUCAUCGCUGCAUAGAACAAAUUUGAACAUCUGGAACGUAAGAAAAGAACUUUCCACCAUCGAGCAAUGUACCCACGAGAUUAUGUCGCAUCUGUGACAAUUGUGUAAAUAUUAUUUGAAUAAUAAACAAUUUAAAAACACCUAGCUAACUGCGUUUCAACUGAAGAACAGUACUGCACAUUCAUCCUGUAUGAACGUCAUGAUGCAGCCGCAACAUCUUGGCGCUGUUCGA